AGUCGCCUCCAGGAGCAUCGUCUCGUAUCUGGCAGAUCUGGAGGCAUGCCAGCACCCGCCCUGUGAAAUCAGCAUCGCAGCGCGCGGAGUUGACAAGUGCGCCUCCCCCUCUCCAAACGUUGUUUGACAUACCCAUCGUUAUAGGCUUCGCCUCUGGCAGUUUCUUUUUUUAAAAGGCAAGCUCAAAGCCGCAGAUUAUACAUUUUGCUCACAAACCGUGCGGGUUAAAUAACCUACAGAGGAGAAGGAGGAGGGAGAGAGAGAGAGGGAGAGGGGAGCUCUUCUUUCACAUUUGGAGACGGAGAGGUUGCGCGUAAACGGCACCGGGCAUCACUGGAGAAGGAGAAGACGCACAUUCGUGGAUAUUUUCUGCUUUUUUUCUACUCUUUAUUUCAAGGCUGCAGGGCUGCUCAGAGAGAGAGAGUGAGAGAGGACUGCGAGUGUUGGAUGCGUGGAGAUUUUUGGACUUGAGCGCGCAGAGCACCUGUGGAUGCAAACACCCCCCCGAUGCUUGGACUGAAACCUUUUGCAAAGAAAGGAUCCCCCGCGAGACACAGCUGAUAUCAGCCGCAGAUUUCGCUCUCACAUAAGCUUCACUUCAGAAUUAAAAAAAGGCGCACCAUGCUGCUGGCUCUCCCCUUCCUGGUGGUCCCCCUGCUGAGCAUCACCAUCCCCGGCUGCGGCUCCUCCUACGUGCCGUGCCAGCCGUGCGACCAGAAGGCCCUGUCCAUGUGUCCGCCGGUGCCGGUGGCCUGUCAGCUGGUCAAGGAGCCCGGCUGCGGCUGCUGCUUGACGUGCGCGCUCGAAGAGGGCCAGGCGUGCGGCGUGUACACCGGGCCGUGCACGCGCGGGCUCCGCUGCCUGCCCAAGAACGGCGAGGAGAAGCCGCUGCACGCGCUGCUGCACGGCCGCGGGGUGUGCAGGAACGAGAAGUUGUAUAAACUGCUGCAUCCGUCAAAAGGUAAGGCCUGCGGAGAGAUGACUGAUUGAGAGCACGGAGGCUGAGAGGGAGGCUUAAACAGGUCACUGGGUCCAACAGAGGCGCUCAUUAAGUGGAUUAAUUGAGUCAUAGAUUGAUGACAGCUUCCUCACAUUCUCAGAAUAAUCAGAUUUCAGCCGAUUCUGCUCUAAAGUGGAGCUUUGCAUCCAAAUGAAAGCAGAAACGUGCAGCUCUCUCAUCAUUUUCCACACUCGAAGUCGUUAGGUUGGCGUUUUUAAUGGAUGUGCAUGCAGGAAUUAUGUCCCCAGCCUCCUCCGUGCACAAAAACAUACCCAAGUAAGAACCCAAACUGGGAUUAAAAGACUCCUAAAUGUCAAUAAAAUUAACCAAAAGUGCACGAAGAAGAAGAUGUAUCCAAAUUAAAGCAGCAGAACUUUGAUUUUUAUCGUUUUUGGCUCAUGUGCAAGACUGUGGAGUUCAACUACAGCACUAAAUCUGAUGUUCAAGUCAGCUCAUGUGUGUUUAUACUGCAGAUGCAUGGCAGAAAUUAUGCAUCCAGUCUUUGUGCAAAGAGACAACCCAGAGAAAGAUAUUGAUUUCAUGAAAACCAGGAUAUAAGAGCUGCUAAAUGUCCGAAUCAGACAGUUUUAGGGGCAAAACCACCAAAAAUAAAUGAAAACAACUUGUACUUUGAAUUUUGCUGCAUUUUUAAGUCAAAUCUGAGCUCUAAAUUUGAUGUUAUGUCAUCUUAAGUGUAUUUCUACUGCAGUUGCAUUGCAGAAAUGACUGUUACUUGCAUGAAAACGUUGAUGUUAAAGCUUGUACAUGAUAAAAUCAGUCAGUUUGGAGGCUAAAAUCGAGGCAAAUAUCAUGAAAACAAGCUUCAUUUCUCUUUAAAGGUCGUGUUCUUUGGCUUAAAUGUGAUUCACCCCAUUUGGGAGUUAAAUUACAGCUUGAACUUUGAUGUUUUAGACUGUUCAGAAGAAACUCGCAGAAAUGACGACUCCUCACUCGCUGGAAUGAUCGCCAAAAAUCAGUCAGUCUGUUAUGAAAUAUCGGACCAAUUUGUGUGCUUUUGUUUUGACAUUUGUAGCCCCGGGGAUAGAGCAGGUUCAGAUCUGAUGGUUAUUUUUUUUGCUGUCUGGUGUAUUAAGGCGAAACAAGAGCAGGUGUGUUAGUGAAGCAGAGGGACAGAGGGAGCAUGAGAAGGAAGGUCAAAAAUGAGUAAUCUAACGAGCGUGUGAGCGUGUGAACAUGUGAUGCAGACGUUUUGUUGAGUAAUCCCGAAGUUGAAAUUUGAUUAUGACUUUAGCCCCGCCCCUCUGCGAGCCAGAUGUGGGUCACCCUCCUCUGACACCUGUCAUUAACCGAGGCACACGACUCAAAGCGGCCCUCGCUGCGCCUUGACCCCGUGAACUCUGUCAACAAUUGGUGCCGGGCGCCGAUCAACCAGUCAUCUUCUUUUAAAGGCUCUGGCGGGGGCUGGCGGCCGUAAAUCAGCAGGUUUCGUGUGAGUGGCCCCCGUCGCCUCGGGGGCCACUCGUCAGACAUGAAACAAGGGAGAAGAUUACAGGUGGUGCUAAAGGAGAGGCUGCUCUCUGGCUCCUUUGAAUGACAGUCACUGUGUCUACUCCGUGGAGAGGAUUGUGGGAAAUGCUGGCUCUCUUUUUCUUCUUCUACAGUUUCUUUUGUCGCCUCUCUUCAUCCACCACCUGUGCCUUUUUUUCCCACACCUUUUUGUCCCUCUAUUCUCUCCCACCUCUUCUCCUCUUUCCCUGCCUGGCCGCCAUCCCUCUUCAUCUUUAACACCCUAUUCUUCUUCUUCUUCUUCUCCUUCUUCUUCCUCUCUUUCCUUUCUGGUAGAUUGGAGUUUCAGUGGAGAGGGAAAGCUGCUCUGGAAACAUAAAUAAUCCUCCUGGCUGUGUUAAAACCUCAGCGGGCUGAGGGGAAGAACCGCAGUUUUUCUUGCAAAGGGCAAAGGCUUGAAAAGAGGGAGCUUUAAAAGUCUCAUUCAAAUGAGCUUUAUCAAAAAUAAGCCAUCACUCUUGACAUUCAGCCCGUUUUAUUUUUAGUCUCUGCAUCCAAGUUGUUCUCUAACCCCUUAAAAUAAUCUUCUAUUCACAUCCCCUUCCCUUUUUUUUCCUCCCUCUCUUUCCCACACUCCCUCCCUCCCUCCUCUCUUUGUAAGUCCCACCCUGCUCUCUCCCUCUCUCUCUCUCUCUCUCUCUCUCUUCAUCUCCUCUUCUCGCUCCGUCUCGGCUGUGCAGUGAUUCAGCAGAAUGCAAGCUGAGCGUGGGUUACUGAUCCCCCCACUCACUCCCCCAUCUGUCUGCCCGUCAGCCAGCUUCUCCAUUAACUCCACGUCUCCCGCUGGGGCGAUCCCUCGAUGCAUAAAUUAAGCAAAGCCCAUAUGCACACACGGCCUGCAGAAACAUCAUGGAAAGGAAAUAAGCAUGGAUUCAGACUGUACGUUUCUUCACUUUGCCAUUUUUAGCAUUUAGCAUCCCUCAAAAACAAGAAAAUCAACAUCAAUGCGAUGAUAGAUGCGUGUAUGCCAGCUUAAAAUGCCUUAAAACAUCGUAAAAGUCACUUAAAAUGACUUAGUAGGAGCUGCUUUGACGUACAUUUUUAAAACCAGGCCGUAUUUUCGUCUUUGCAAACCUUGAUUUUAAAGAUAAACUAAGGAAGGGUCGUUUCUUGGAAGAGCGAGGAAGCAGCAACUCUGUAGGGAUCUGGGUCUCAAUGUUUUAUUCAAACACGAAGAAGAAGAAGAAGGAGGGAAGAAAAUGAAAGACGCGAUCAGUCAGCACAGGUCAGAUUAGACAAGCUGCAGGAUUAGCAAGUGAGGACUUGAUUGGACUUAUACUGAUCUGCUCCAGCUUUCUCUGCAGAGAGAGGGAAAAAAAAAAUAAAACGGUGUCAGCAGGAAACUGGAGGACGGGGGGAAUCUCUUUUGCUUUUUCCAAGAACCUGUCAUUAUGUGGACGCAUGACAUCACCCCGCUCAUCAUCGACACUAAACUGGUUGGGUGGAGGGGCUUAGGGCGUCAUUUGCAAACGUGGCGGUGACCUUGUUUCACCGCCCCGGCUAGCUUAGUAGCUUAGCGAUCACGUCAGUGCAGAAAUGAAGGGGGUUUAUGUGCGGAAUCCGGCCCGAAAUGAAGCGGACACAAGUGCGUGACACAGCAGUGGAAAUGGGCCAGCUGUGGCUUAGGACGCGCGCAAGCUAAUGCAUGUUUAAAAGCUAUAAAUGAGGAGAAAAAUCAGUUUUUAAGUGCUUUUGGGAGGAGAAGCCACAGCCGCUUGUUCAGGCUGUUGCGGUUGCAUGAGUAGAGGGCGGGACGGGGGAGAGGGGCAACUAAGAUUUACGCCGCUCCUUGAGAUGUAGAGCUGUACCCCUGAUGAAAGAUGCAUGUACAUGAGGGCUUCUGCGACCCAAAACAGGCCGCGGCUGUUUCUGUCGGCUCGCCACAUGACAAGUGUAAUAGUAUGUUUUCAUGGGCUGGGGUGCCAGGGUGAGACUAAAUAUCUCAUUUAGGUCAGCAGCUAUAAAAGUUUUAAAACCCCUGGUCUGCAUAUACCCCAAACUGGCAGCCUGCCUCGCCAUAAAUGUAGGCUGUGUUGUCCUGUAUGUCAACACUUCCAACCUGAAGCUGGCUGCCAGCCACCGACUGUGUCAAAUAAGCAUUUAGCCGCGGCGAUGAAAUCAUCAUGUCCUGGUGUGAUGUUGUCCUGAUUCAAAGAGGCUUGAAAAAAUGCUUUGAAGCCUGUUUGACGGGGAUGUUUUUACCUCCUCGGACAUUAGAUAGUUCGUAAUCAUUAGUGCCGUUGGUGAUUUAAUCCGGCGUGUCUGUAAUUUGUACAGAUCCGGUGUAAAUUACCGUCUUUACUGAGGCGGAGGCCUUUCAUAACACUCAUCCUGUCAUCAUGUGGAGUAUCAAACAUGCUUUUUUUCAUCUUGUCGACUUUUGGGCACUGUUACCUGGGAAUUCCACUGAAUGCGGAACGCAAGCAAAUACGCGAGCAUAUCGCACCCACCAGAUCCAAUCCAAUCCGCCGCCAUCGGAGGAGAAGCUCUCGCGAUAUUACUGAUAGUUCUUGUGAGACUAGACGAGAUCUUGGGUGUUUCCCUGUGAGACAUUGAGAUCCGCCGAUCGGUGUAUAUAAACACCGACAUCCCACAACCCUCGCCUCUCCUAUUAUCAAGUGAAGAACGGUUCGACAUAUUUACUUUAUUUUAUUUUGAAGUUGAACCAGAUAUUUUACUCUGUAGCCGCAUACAACUUCCACUGCUGCCAUGCCUCAAAUAGAAGCCUUGCGUAUCUGGUCCGGCCGCCGGAGCCGGACGGAUUCUGUGGGUUUCGCCCGUUACACUCAACAUGUCUUCCUAAAAAACAUCGGCAUGGCAACUGGUAUUUUUUGGCGGUACCGUCCCCCAAAAUUUUGCUAAUUCCCCAAAAGAGGCGGGGCAUAAAAAAGACCACGGAUACCUUCGAUAACCCCAGACUUUUUUCAUUGUUUCAGAUGGAGAUUCCCACGAUGGCGCCAUGCUACCCAUCCCAGAGUCCAUGUUGCCCCAAACAAAGGUCCCAAUCUACGGCAGAGACCACAUCAGCAGCCGGAAAGCCCAAGCCAUGAAGCAGGCCAAGGACCGCAAGAAGCAGCUGGCCAGACUUGGACAAAGCAGCAGCCUGGACUUCACUCCCCUCGGCCUGGAUAAGCUGGAGCCAGAGUUCGUAAGUAUAGGAAGCCUGGAGGGAAGAUUGUGAUUCACCGAUCAAGAUUUAGAGCAAUUUUCUCAACCGUAAUUAUUCAGAUGCUGGCAAGAAAACAGUGUUUGCUUUGCUGUAAAUCAUAAAAAUCUCAGAUACUGCAUCCUACCGCUCCAGGCUGAAGAAAGAAACCGGUUUGAACAGAUCCGCUGAGAUGCCUAGCGGGGUCACUGUCACACGUGACAACAUUGUGUGAACAGAGUUAAUUGCCAAAUUACCUCGUAAUUCUUGACUUCAUGUCAUAUUAAACCACAAUUUUCACUCCAGGGUGCAAACACAAAUCAACACAUUUGGUUUUUGUGUGUGCAGGGACCCUGCAGGAGAAGAUUGGAUAAUCUUAUCCAGAGCAUGAAGGACACUUCCAGGGUUCUGGCUCUUUCUCUGUACAUCCCCAACUGCGACAAGAAGGGCUUCUUCAAACGCAAACAGGUAUCUCAUUUUGAUUAUUUGUUUAAUAAAGCAGAGAAGAACGUAAAUCACAGAAACAUGGCGCCAAAUUACUAAAGAACUGGUUUUUUAAUGUCGUCUUUGCAGUGUAAGCCAUCCCGUGGCCGAAGGAGGGGGAUCUGCUGGUGCGUGGACCGCUUCGGCGUCAAAAUCCCCGGCAUCAACUACGCCGGAGGAGACCUGCAGUGCAAAGAGAUCGACAGCAGCAACAGCAACGAAUGAUAAAGUCGAACCGUCCUCACUCUUUGAGCCCUGUUCCUCUUAAAACCUGCCAAUCAAGCUAGCACACUAAAUGACUGCCGAAUCAGGAAAAAAGUGGCACAAAUAGUUCUUUAUAUUCGGUCAGGUGUGAUGGACUGCUUUGUUUUCCGUGUCUCGCUAAAGGGAGUGGUUAAAAUCUGCUCAUGUAGGUCUUAUCUGGCUCCCAGGUGGCUGUGUUAGAGGCUAGCUAACACCUUGCCUCUUUAUAUCCAUAGAUAGAAUAGAGGAUUAUAUAUAUUUGUAUGAUACUGAUGAUAUAUUGUGUACUUUGAGUCUGUGGCUAAAUUCUACCCAGAAACUGUAGGACAAGACAUAUUUUAAAUGUGGCUAAAAAUCAAUUUUUUUCUCUUUUGUUUCGAGUCAAUUCUUGUCAAAAUUAGUAACGUAAAACUUAAUGUUAGUCGUGAGAAUGAUACUCUGGUGUAAAAAUGUAUUUUUAUGUUGUUAUCACAUGGGAGAAAUCCUUAUGAGCUGACAGGAGCCUUCGAAAUGCAAAAGCUGUGGCGGCAGGAGACCUAGCUAGCUUGUUUGGAAACAUUUCGCAGACAAAACUUAAAGAAAAGGUCAACGCGAUGUUUAGUAAACAUAUAGAUGUUGUUGCAGAGGGAAAACAAAAUGAUUGACACCCAACUUUUAAUACAUGCAAAGAGUUUGCGGCGUAGAAGUGACUUAGCUAGCAUAGAAAGAAAUCGCUUAUUUGCGUAGAAAAAUACAAAAGAAUUCGACAUUUUUCCAAAGAAAACCAUCAGAUUGACACGACUUUUAGUUCUUUUAAUAUAAAUACCAAGUUAAACUGAGAUUUGGUGCAUAACUGCGUGAAAAGUGACUUAGCUAGCGUAGAAAGAAAUCGCUUAUUCGCAUAGAAAAAUACAAAAAAAAAAGACAUUUUGGCCAAAGAAAAUAAUCAGAUUGACACGACUUUUAGUUCUUAUAAUAUAAACAGAGUUAAAUGGAGACUUGGUGUGUAACGGCGGGAAAAAGUGACUAAGCUAGCGUAGCAAGAAAUCACUUAUUCGCGUAGAAAAAUACAUAAGAAUUCAACAUUUUUUCCAAAGAAAGCCAUCAGAUUGACGCGACUUUUAGUACUUUUAAUAUAUACAGAGUGAAACGAGAGUUGGUGCGUAAUGGCGCAAAAAGUGACUUAGCUAGCGUUGCAAGAACUCACAAAAAUACAGGAGAAUUCGAUAUUUGUCCAAAGAAAUCACAUUAUAUUCCCUGUCAGAAUCAUUUUAUUGUUUCUCGCAGAUAUAAUUGAUAGUUAUUUUACUUAGCAGCACACUUAGCCGUAACUGUAGCUAAUCGUCCUGCCACUCUGAAAACCUGGUCCACUAACAAGCUCGAUAGAUAAGUACCAGGCCUUCGGAUUAACGCGUCCACUGUUUGUAAAUGUAUGUACAGAGUGUGUGUGCAUGCUCCUGAGUGUGUUUGUAUGUGUGUAUACUGUACUGUACUGUACGUGCCAUGUCCUUAUAUCAAUCUCUGGUGUCGAUUCUCACAAGCGAAGUCUAAUCCAAGCUACUGUCGGACAAAUGUGGUGCUGUGCUUUUUCCCCGUCCACACACACAAAUCGUAUGCAAACGCCUCACGAUGGUUAUGUUUCCACGUGCAGGGUCUCCGCAGGCAAAUCCGGGGACGCACUCUUGUGGUUUAUCAGGCCUCUUAUCCUGUAAAAGAGCAAGGUCGCUGAGUUUGUAUGGAAAUUCAAGUGCCUUCUGGCCCGCGCCGCUUUGAAUUGGAUUUGCAUGUGUGUUGUCGGAAGGGGGACACUUCAGCGCACAAGUUUGGAGAUGACAAUGACCUCCCAGUCGAUGGCCACUGUUUGUUGAUUUAAUCUCCCAGUUAAUGACCAUUAUAAUCUCCGACAUUCCUUAAUGCGUUGACAGGGGCUCAUAAACACUUGCUGUUAAUCGUAGCACAACGCGGUGACACUUUGAACUUCUCAAACUCUCAGCUAAAGCAAAGAUCAAUGUGAACAUUAUAGUGAAAUAUUUAUCAGGCGUGUAAUUGAUGUACUCGUUUUUUUUGUAAUGACAAAUCACUAUUUAAAUAAAGUUCAUGUACUCACAAAAAAAAAAAA